AUGAAAGGUGUUUGUUGUGUUCCCAAUUGCAAAAAUGACAUUUCUACAAGUGGACAUGUAUUUCCUAAAGAUACAACCAUUCGGAGUCUUUGGUUGAAAAAAAUAAAACGCUCAAACUGGACACCAGGAAAAUGGAGCAAAAUUUGUCAUCAUCACUUGAAACCAACUGAUUUUCUUGUAUUUAAUAAGGCUGGUUGGAAAAAUGUAAGAAAGUUGCUGAAACAGGGUGCUGUAACUUCAAUGUUUCCAUGGAACUGGAAUAAAAUUAUCAACAAUAAAUUGAAGAAAACUAAAGACAAGAAAAUAGAAAGAGAAAGAAGUAUAAAACUAUUGAUUGAAAGUAUUUUAGUGGAUACCAUAGCAGAAGAAUCUAUUAGGAAAUUGAUUUAG